UUCGCUUCACACACAACAAACAAAUCUAUACACCAUGACGAACAAGAAGAAGCAAAUCCGAAAGGGCACCAAGAAGCCAGCUGCCAAGGACAAUGGCGCUGCUGCUGUGGAAUCGGGACCCUCCUUGCCGCCUCCAUCAGCGAACGGGAAGAAUUUCACCAACCCGCAGUUGACCUGUCUCAUCAUUGUGGUGGUCGGUGCUUCCAAACUGUGGGAGUUUCGAUCGGCUCUUUUUGAACUCAGUGAUCUUUCUGCGGUGGACGCGUCUUCUGCCAAUUCCACUGAUGCGAGUAUUAGUAGUAACAACAGCACUCUGUGUGACUACUACAUGUCGACCAAAGAUGAUGGAACGGAUCACACUGCGGUCUGCCGUGCUUCCGAAACUCUUACCAUGAUGACACUUCGGUACCACUCCGCGUUCCAGUUGCUGGCUCUGGUGGUGUACACCAUGCUCAAGUGCUGGUACCGGGAUGAUUUGUUGCAUCGUUUGAAUGGAUUUUUGGCCAUGGCUCCCAUUUCCACCACACUCAUCCUGUUGCAGGCAUCUUCGCAGUAUGUGACGCGACGUCCCUCCUUGAUUUUGACCUGUAUUUGUGGCGUGCUCAUGUUCCUGGCGACUCCGGGAGCCUCCUGGACAGUGCGAGAAGUCGUGACUUUUGGAACCAAGUUGAUGCCCAAACCCAAUCGCCGUACCAGUAUUCAAUCCAUCUGUCUUGCUAGCAUGAUUUGUUGGAAUCUCUUUGAAGCACUCCAGUGGUUUUUGACCAAUGACAAGAACAGUCCCAUUUUGGCAAUGCCUAUUCAAUGGCACAGUGCCUGGAGUGUCUUUUUGUACACUCUCAUGAUGGACAAGUUGACAAUCAGCUGGAUCCUCACAUUUGUGUGGUUGUGUUUUGAAGAAAACCGCCAACGCACGAUCUUGUUGGCGUUUGCCAUUCUAAAGGUAGUGGAAUGCACCGCACACAUGUCCCAAUACGACCAAGCAGACUUUGUCACGGAUUUGGGUGCCAUGAGGACAACAUGUGUCACCUGUGCCGUUUUUUGCGGAAUUGCCUGGAUCACACCCAAUCUGCAUCUUCCCGAUUAUGUACCACAAGACGACGACGAUGAAUGUCCCACGCUGAUGGAAUUGCCUGAUGAUGCUGCAGGCAGCCAGAAGAAUAUCAAGGUGGAAUAAAAAUUGAAAGGAGCGUAUGAAAAAAGUCAAAGUCAUUGGGUACUGUAUAGAGGUUGAGUGAGUUCGAGGGCGAUCUCUUAAAAUUAAUGCUAUAAGCCAUUCACUCUUCAAAAGUUGGAUGAUUCGCUUCGCCCAAAAGCAGAGCCCACUUAUAGUUGAUCCAUUCUGACAUGCCUGUAGCC